CUGGCAAGGAUUUUAAAAUCACAUUCAGGUGUCUACGAUCCUUUUACUGGGAAGAAUUUCGGCUACGAAGACACGUUGACAAUCCCGAUUAUCGAAAAUCAACCGCACGAGGGACAACUGCUGCCCGCUUUGGACGAAUGCUUGAAGACUUAUCAGCGCUCCUGCGCGGUUUUAGUUCGCAGCCAUGGACUUUUUGUGUGGGGAUCAACAUGGGAGAAGGCAAAAAUUAUGGCUGAAUGUAUAGAUUAUCUUAUUGACCUAGCUAUCGAUAUGAUACGACAAGGAAUACCGUUAGUGAAAGAGGACGUCAUAACAAAAUCGGACAAUCCAGAUGAGGACUACACCCACAUCUUUUACUCAAAAUAG